UCAACAGCACUUUAGUUACCGGAAAAUCUUAAACAAUGAACGAUACAGUGAUACAGAAAGCAAUCGAACAUGUCUCAACUUUGACAUUCGGUCGAACGGAUAUGAUCGUGUUCAUAUUGCUUCUAAUGCUAUCGCUUGGGGUCGGGGUGUACUAUGCUUGGUGCGGUAGAACUUCAGAUACCACGGAUGAGUAUCUGCUGGCAGAGAGGAAACUCAAAGUCAUCCCUGCAGCGGUAUCCAUCCUAGCAAGUAAGAUAUCAGCGACGACAGUAAUGCUUCUUCCGGUCGAAAUUUAUACAUCGGGGGUACAGUAUGUUGUGACGGUGCUGGGGAUGUUCAUAGCGGUGUUAGUUAUGGUUUAUGUCGUGACCCCAGUUUAUUAUGCGUCAAUCAAUCGGAAUUGCUAUGAGUAUUUGGAGCUGCGGUUCGAUAAGAAAACUAGGCAGGUGGCAACUGUAUCUUUUCUUAUAACCGUCUACCUACUCAUGCCAGUUGUUUUGUUCAUCCCUUCGUUAGCCUUUUCUCAAGUCAGCGGCAUUAAUGUUCACACAAUAAACGGAAUGGUUUCCGCAAUCUGCGUGAUAUAUACAAUGCUGGGCGGAGUCAAAGCUGUAGUCUGGACAGAUUUCAUUCAAGGAAUGGUGAUAGUUGGAUCCGCUUUUAUAAUUGCAAUUUCGGGAGUUCAUAAAGUUGGAGGACUUGGCGAAGUUUUUACCCGUGCCAGUGCAGGUGGUCGUCUCGAUAUAUUUAAUUUUUCACUUGAUGUUACAGUCAGAGUUACAUUCUGGAGCGCUUGCUUCGGCGGAAUGAUUGUAUGGUUCGGUUUUUUGGGCAUCAACCAAUCCUGCGUCCAAAGGGUGAUCGCCUUGCCAUCUUUAAAGCAUGCCAGAAAUACAUUGUGGAUAUUUUUCGUUGGGUUCUGUAUCAUCACUGGAUUAUGCUGCUUCAAUGGGAUGGUUAUGUAUGCCAAGUACCACGAUUGUGACCCAAUUACUUCAAAGCAAGUGACUAAAGCGGAUAAAAUGAUGCCAUUUUUUGUACAAGAUAUUCUGGGUCAUAUUCCAGGGAUGGCUGGGCUUUUCAUAUCCUGCGUAUUCAGCGCUGGAUUGAGUACCCUAUCUGCAAAUAUCCACUCCCUAUCUGGGGUGGUCUACUUUGAUUACAUUCGCCCAUUCAUCAAUCACACAGAACAUAAGGCGAAUAUUAUUAUGAAAUCAUUGGUUUUCGUCACUGGAUUCUACUGCAUCGGAGCGGGAUUUCUAGUGGCUAAAUCGCCGUCUAUACUCCAAUUGAAUAUAACAUUGGCCAGUAUUGCUCAAGGAACAAUGGUUGGAGUUUUCUUGUUGGGGAUGCUGUUCCCUCGGGCAAAUUCGAUAUCUGCCUUCAUUGGAAGUAUCACAAGUUUAUCGAUAAUGGCAUGGAUAAUUAUUGGAGCGCAAAUCAAGCAAUGGCAGGGGAAGGUUUUGCAGAAGAUGUUGCCACUUCGGGUAGAUGGAUGUCCUGCCACAAAUGCUACCACUUUAGUUGACCAAUUCAUAUCGUUAACGACAACCCCUCGCUCAGUCAAUUCUCACUUUGAGGAAGGCUUCUCUGUGUUCAAAUUAUCCUUCAUGUGGUUUGCGUUACUUGGAGCCUUGAUAGUUUGGAUUGUUGCGGUCCCAUUAAGUUUUAUUAUUGGGAAAAAUGACACGAACAAAUUGAAUCAAAAUCUAAUAUCGCCGGUGGCUCGCUUUAUGAUUCCAAAGGAAUAUCGAUGCGAGGAGGUGCCCCAAGACGAUAUUUGUAAGAAGAUUGAAUUGAAAUCAGUAGAAUAAAUAAAAUUAGAACUGAUAUCCCA